AUGAAGGUUGUCUCCAAGGAAGAAGAGUCAGCGCACUACAAUGCCGUCUUGAAAGGUGGCUUCAUCGGCGGUUCGUUUGGUGUCACUCUAGGUCUCACGGGAGUCCUCGUUGCCUCGAAGCGGUACCCGGCUUUCCGCGGCCUGACCCUCCCCUUCCGAUCGUUCCUGGUGACCUCGACAGGCACGUUUGGUGCUAUCGUCAACGCCGAGCGCUGGUCCAAUGAGUUCCACAAGAAGAACAACCCCAUGAACUUCUACAAGGACGAUGCAACACGCGCCGCCGAGCUCGCCAGGGAGCAAGAGACCCCCCUCGAGCGCCUCCAGGCCUGGGGCAAGAACAACCGCUAUUCUAUCGUCUUCGGCUCCUGGAUCGCCGCCAUGGGUAUCGCCGGAGCCAUCGUCGGCCGCAACAAGUACAUCAGCACCUCCCAGAAGCUCGUCCAGGCUCGUGUCUACGCUCAGGGCCUGACGUUGGCCGUGCUGGUCGCCACGGCUGCCUUUGAGACCAGGGAUGCUCGCAAUGGCGAGGGGCGGUGGGAGACUGUCAAGGUCCUCGACCCCAACGACCCUGAGCACAAGCACCUAAUCGAGAAGCGUAUCCAUAAGGAGGAGUACGAGGGUCAGGACCUGUGGAAGGAUAUGGUUGCCGCUGAGGAGCGCAGGUUGAAGGAGCGCAAGGAUGUCGCCGAGAAGACAAAGGAGAAGCCCACGGCUACGCAGUAA